UCUGAAUUAUUGAAGAAGAAAGAUGGAGGAUACUAAACCAAAAUCCACACCAAUUCGGUUCUUAUCUUCUCUUUUGAUGAUAUCUCUCCUGAUUUCUUCAUCCUCUGCUCAGAAUUGUCAAUCCACAACAUUCUCCGGCAACAGGAUUUACUCCACUUGCACAGCUCUCCCCGUUUUAAACUCUUUCCUUCACUGGAAUUACCAUCAAUCCAAUCGGACUGUUGAUCUUGCUUACCGGCACACCGGCGUCUCUUCCACUAACUGGGUCGCAUGGGCGCUCAAUAUCAAUGGAGUUGGCAUGGCCGGCGCUCAAGCGCUCGUCGCCUUUCAGGGCACCGGAGGAAACAUGCAGGCCUACACCUCCUCUGUUAUCGACACUCGUAUUUCAACCCUCUCGCCGGGAAAUUUGAGCUUCAAUGUUCCAUCCAUCUCUGCUGAAUUUGUUAGUAGUGAGAUUAUUAUAUAUGCAACUCUUCAACUUCCCGGCGACGGUACUAGUUUCAAUCAGGUCUGGCAAAUCGGACCUCUUUCCGGUAACAAUCCGGCAGCACACAACUUGGCCGGAGCUAACGUGGCGUCAACAGGGACAGUAAAUUUUGCCGACGGCUCUGUGACGGGUGAUGGAGGCGCCGCUAUUACUAGACAGAGAAACAAAAAUAUUCACGGAGUAUUGAAUGCAAUCAGUUGGGGAGUGUUGAUGCCGUUUGGGGCGAUAGUGGCUAGAUAUUUAAAGGUGUUCAAGUCGUCUGAUCCGGCAUGGUUCUAUAUCCAUGUCGCGUGUCAAUCGUCUGCCUACAUCAUUGGAGUAGCCGGAUGGGGUACUGGAUUGAAACUCGGGGAGGAGUCUGGAUUAGACAAUACCACACAUAGAAACAUCGGGAUCACACUCUUUUGUCUCGGAACUCUUCAGGUGUUUGCACUUAUGUUGAGGCCAAACAAGGACAACAAGUAUAGAAUGUAUUGGAACUUUUACCAUUGGGGUGUGGGAUACGCUGUGAUCAUUCUCACCAUAGUGAACAUUUUCAAGGGAUUUGAGCUUUUGAACCCGGCCAAGGGUUGGAAACAUGCUUACAUUGGAAUCAUCAUAUCCUACGGCGCCAUCGCUGUCUUGUUGGAGUGUUACACUUGGUAUUUUGUUAUCAAGAGAAAGAGACAGACUCCUCUUUCCGGCGACAAAUACCCUUACGCCGGAAACGGGCAGCCCGGGCAAUCUGUCUAGAUCUACAUCUUAUGGGUAGAAACUUAAAAGAACAAGGGAUGGCCAUGGCCUUUCACACUUUACAUUUAUGGUU